AUGAAGCCGGAGGGAGAGAGGCCGCAAAAGAAAGUCAGGUUUCGGAUAUCUUCUGCGAAGAGUGGCAGGAUCCUGAAGGAGGUGUACACUGAUGAAGAUCCCAGGGAGCCGCAGGACUUGGAAUGUGCCAGCAAUUCAGGGACUGAGCCGUACAGUGGACAUAGCGAAGUCAACGGCCAUAACGAGCAGCACUUUGGGUUAGAAACCGAUGAAAGUGAAAGCGAGUGUGACGACAUGCUCUUAUUAGUGAGCACCACAAAGGACAGAGGCUUCAGUGCAAAGAGAAUUAAUAUCUUGAGUAAAAAUGGUACAGUCAGAGGUGUCAAACACAAAGUCAGUGCCGGUCAGGCUCUUUUCAGUAACUUGUCAAACAGUGCUGCUCAGCCAUCACUAAAGCUAGAAUUUGGAAGAAUAAUAAUCUACACAACCAGCCUCCGUGUCGUAAGGACCACAUUUGACCGCUGUGAACUGGUGAGGAAGAUUUUCCAGAAUCACAGAGUAAAGUUUGAAGAGAAAAAUAUUGCUCUGGAUAGUGACUAUGGCAAGGAGCUGGAAGAGCGCUGCAAGAGAGCAAGUGAAUCCCCUUCGUUGCCUGUGGUUUUCAUUGAUGGUCAUUACCUUGGGGGUGCAGAGACAAUAUUGGCAAUGAAUGAAUCAGGGGAGCUGCAGGAUCUCUUAACAAAGAUUGAGAAAGACCAGCACCCGCAGGAGUGUUUGGCUUGCGGUGGAUUUGCCUUUGUUCCAUGCUCAGUGUGCCAUGGGAGCAAGAUGUCCGGGUUUCGAAACUGCUUCACCGAUUCCUUCAAAUCUCUCAAAUGUACCUCAUGCAACGAAAAUGGAUUACAGCAUUGCAAACUCUGUGCAAUGUAA